AUGCCCACACAUCCUGGUGUCUCCUGCCCCUUGGGAGGCCCUGCAGACAUCAGCAGCCUCAUCCUUGUCCUUUCCAGCUCUCUGACCGUGGUGAUGCCGAUCGCCCGCCAGUUCCAGCCCGACCUGGUGCUGGUCUCGGCCGGGUUCGACGCCGCCGAGGGACACCCACCGGCCCUGGGGGGCUACAGAGUGUCCGCCAAGUGCUUUGGCUACAUGACCAAGCAGCUGAUGUCGCUGGCGGGCGGGGCCGUGGUGCUGGCGCUCGAGGGCGGCCACGACCUCACGGCCGUUUGUGACGCGUCCGAGGCCUGCGUGGCCGCGCUGCUGGGCCACGAGCCGGAGCCGCUCCCCGAGGACUCUCUGCGCCUGCAGCCCAACGCCAACGCCGUGCGCUCGCUGGAGGCCGUGAUCCAGGUGCAGAGCAGAUACUGGGUGGCCGUGCAGCGUUUCGCCUCCAAGCUCAGCUGCUCCUUUCUCGAGGCUCAGCACCGCGAGGCCGACGAGGUGGAGACGGUGACGGCCCUGGCGUCGCUCUCGGUGGCCGUGAUGGGGGACAAGAGGGCGCGGGAGGAGCCGAUGGAGCAGGAGGAGCCGUGAACCAGUGACAGGAUCCCGGUUUCCGUGUGUCCCCCUCGCUCGGGACUCCUGGAAGGGAC